AUGAAUUUGCUGAAUCAUACAAUCUAACUAUUACAGUAGGCUUUGUAGAACUUAUAAUAGAUGUAAGGAAAAUAGGAGGUGAAAGAUAUUUUACCUUAAUUAACUCAAGCAGUAGAUUCAAUCCCAGAAGAAUUCAAAGAAUUGGUUCCAUAUUAAGUGGAGGUCUCUGACAGACAUUUGAAUCAUCGUCAAAGCAAGGAGUGCAUAAUCAAGACAGUUGAAUAAUUUCGAUAGUGGAGAGCAAUGGAAUGCUUGAAAGCAGAAACUUUUGAAGAAGUGAUGGCAGCUCAUAAUUAGUAUUAUUACAGAACUUUGAGGUAGCAAGUUUAUAGAUUCAUUGUAAUAACAGAUGGAUUUCGUUACUCAAGAGGCGAAGCUAGAGAGAAGCUUGCUCAUUGUCCAUUUUGUAAGUUUUAGAAUCUUCUCACUUACGUAACAGCUCAUGUUCUUAAAAAGCAUGCUAAUAAUUAUUAAAUUUAUAAUUGCUCAAUUUGUAACAAAGAUUUUUAAUCGCAUCGUUUAUUGGUGAUGCAUAUCCACAAUUAUCACAAAGAGGGAGUGACACCUAAAAAAAGAAAUGGCAUGGCUCCUAGAAAGGAAUUGAGUGAAUAGGAAUAGGAAGAUGAAGAUAUUAUAUUUGAAGAAGCUGAUUCGCCAGAAAUAUCAUUAUGA